UCACACAAGGAGUACACGCAGCUUCGCUUCCAAUCCCAUAACCAAGCUCAUAAUCUGCAAAAUGGCUUUCAAGUUGUUCGCUCUGGCCUGCUUGGUGGCCGCUGCUUCGGCCGGCAUUAUUCCUGUGGAGCAUCAUCAUCACGAGGAGCCGCAGCUUUAUCACGCUGCAGUGCCUCAACAGCAGCAUGUGAUCUACCAGAAUCCUCAUGCGCAUCCACAGGUGCACGCUCAUGGCCAUGAGGUGUAUCCCGAUGAUCCUCAUCCCAAAUACAACUUUGCCUAUGAUGUGCAGGAUUCUCUCUCUGGCGAUUCCAAGAGCCAAGUGGAGACCCGCGAUGGCGACGUUGUCCAGGGCGAAUACUCGCUGGAUGAUGCCGAUGGCUAUCGUCGCACCGUCAAGUACACCGCUGAUGACAUCCAUGGCUUCAACGCUGUUGUGCAUCGCGAGCCUUUGGCCCACGCUCACACCCACAAAGUGAUUGCUGCCGCUCCAGCUCAGUACCAUCAUGCUGCUGCUCCAGCUGCCAUCAUUAAGACUCCCGUGCAGUAUUCCGCGCCUGCCUAUGUUGCCCCCGCCGCCUACAAUGUGCAUCAUGAGCACGAGUCCCAGCACCAGCACCAGUUCCAGCACCAGCUCCAGCAUCAGCAGCACGAGCAGGAGCUGCAGCAUCAGCAACAGCAGCAGCACUAUGCCACCUAUGAGACACAUGCUCCGGCUACUCAUGAUGCCCAUGACUACUACCAUCAUUAG